AUGCCGUCGCAGUUGUUGGACGUUUCCCAGAUGAUGAUUUUGAAGAUACUGAUGAUUAUCGACAAGGAAUGGGUCGUUACACACCUGAUAAAGUUGGCAUUGAAGCAAUCAAGGUCUGAAACUAUUGGGAAGCCAUUGGUGUUAUUGCAGCUCACAAGGCUGGAGUCAAUCCGCAGUCUCUACAAAGAGAUAGAAUUAGCAAUAUCCAACACACUUGUCUUCUGCCGACUAAUGGUUAUGCCGUUCAAGGUGCCUCAACAAAUGGCUAUUGACGAAGUUCAAAUUUCAUCCUCUCUGAUUGUGCCUCUCAUACGCAUCUGGUGCUAAUUAUGCACAAUACAAGCAAAAUAUCAAGCAAAUCAUCCUAGUGGUAGAGUACCACACAAGGAUGUGAUAUCGAUGGCUCUCCACCUGCGUAGCUUUCUCUGGAGUGUGGACCGAUUCUGAGCUCGAUCCGUGGACAUAAGCUAGAGGUUAGCUUUAGAUCGAUUAUCUGAUAAUGAUGUGAAGAAUUAAUGGGAAGACUGACUUUGGUGAUUUUGCCCGGAUCAUUAUUCCUUGAUUUUUAUCGUAACAUAUAUGUGGCAUAGUCUCUCCCUCACACUUUACGAAUCACUAUCAUGCUAUGCAGCUAGCACAAUUACGAUCGGGGAGACCAAGCACCAUUUGAAUAGACUUGCUAUAAUGCAUGCGUCUUCAUAUAUGUUCAAUUAGUCUAUUAGAUCAUGUGUUAUUCUUUGUGUUUUUGGAAAUUGUAGAAAGUAA